AUGACGCAACCAUUGAACCUCACCAAACCUCAUCGCCCAAUCAAUGUGGGUGUUAUCCUCAUGCAAGGAGUAACCGAGGUGGCAGACGUCGUCCCAGUCGAAAUGCUGCACGGUGUCUCCCGCCACUUUGUUACUUCGUUUCUGGAUGAUAUGGGACCUCCGGGAUACAAGGACGGCGCGAUCGACUUCAACUUCCUGUGGGUCACAGAGAAAGGAGAAACAACCCCCGCCAAUCUAACCUCGGCUCUUCGGGUUCUCCCAACGCAUUCCUUCGAGACAUCCCCAACCCUCGAUAUCAUCAUCAUCGGCGCACAUACGUACGGGUACACGCCAAACGAGGCCGAGCUCGCCUUCGUGCGCAAGAGCUGGGAGACCUGCGCCGCCUUCAUCACCAUCUGCGGCGGCGUGGACGUGCCGCGAAUGGCCGGUAUCCUGAAGGGCAAGACCGUGACUGGCCCGCGGCCCUUCCUCGAGCCGUGGCGCCAGCAGUCGCCGGAGACGAACUGGGUCGACAAGCGCUGGGUGCAAGACGGCAAGCUGUGGACUAGCGGCGCUUUGUUCAAUGGCUUGGAUCUCAUGCACAAUUUUAUCAAGCAGACGUGGCCGUCUAACGUCCUUGCUGAUUACAUCGCUAAACUCGGCCAUUGGCCCGACCGUGAUGUCGACUAUAAAGAUGUCGAUUGGGAUUUUUGA